CUUCACUACGAUGGCUCCCCUCACCCACCCUUCAAUCAAAGAUGGCUGGUUCCGCGAGAUCUCGUCCCAGUGGCCCGGUCAGGCCAUGACUUUGAAGGUCAACAAAAUCCUCCAUGUCGAGAAGUCACUUUACCAGGACGUUCUGGUCUUCGAAUCGGAGACCUACGGAAAUGUUCUCAUCCUCGAUGGAGUCAUCCAAUGUACUGAGAGGGAUGAGUUCUCGUAUCAAGAGAUGAUAGCCCACAUUCCUCUCGCAAGCCACCCAAACCCGAAGAAGGUCCUGGUCAUUGGUGGUGGUGACGGUGGCGUCGUCCGAGAGGUCCUGAAGCACGACACAGUCGAAGAGGUCGUUCUUUGCGAUAUCGAUGAGGCUGUCAUUCGUGUAUCGAAGAAAUAUCUGCCUCACAUGGCUGGGCUCCUUGACUCACCCCGUGUUAGGGUUUUUGUCGGUGACGGCUUCAAGUUCCUCGCCGAGAACACUUCCACCUACGAUGUCAUUAUCACCGACUCCUCUGACCCUGUCGGACCUGCCGCAUCCCUCUUCGAGAAGCCCUACUUCCAACUCCUCCACGACGCACUUACUCCUGGUGGCCACAUCUCCACACAGGCCGAGUGCCUCUGGCUCCAUCUCCCUCUCAUCUCCAAAAUCCGCCAGGACACCCUCUCCAUCUUUCCCACCGCCGAGUAUGCCUACACCACCAUCCCCACCUACCCAUCCGGCCAGAUUGGGUUCCUCGUCUGUUCGAAGGAGAAGGGCCGUGACCUGACGACUCCUGUGCGCAAGGUCCCGGACACCAGGUACUACAACGAGGCCGUUCACAAGGUCGCGUUUACGCUUCCCGAGUUUGGUCGUGCGUUGAUUGAAGAGAACAAAAACAUCAUGCCGAAGUUUGGACGUGCGUUGAAGGCUGAGGUCGAGGCGAACAAGGCACAGAAGAAAAUUCUUCUUCUCGGCAGUGGAUUCGUCGCUCGUCCCGCCGCGGAGUACAUCGUCCGUGACCCUUCUAACCGUCUCACUGUUGCCUGCAGGACGCUCGCGACCGCCGAGGGCUUGAUCGAUGGCCUUCCUGACUCUCGCGCCAUCUCCCUUGACGUUAACUCCACUGCUGAUCUCGAGCGCGAAGUUGCUGCUCAUGACCUCGUCAUCUCGCUCAUCCCCUAUACCUACCACGCCACCGUCAUCAAGGCCGCCAUCAAGGGCAAGACCAACGUUGUGACUACCAGCUACGUUUCCCCUGCUAUCAGAGAGCUCGACGAGGAGGCGAAGAAGGCUGGUAUCGUCGUUAUGAACGAGAUCGGUCUUGACCCUGGUAUCGAUCAUUUGUAUGCUGUCAAGACCAUCAGUGAGGUCCACGAGAAGGGUGGCAAGGUGAAGCAAUUCUUGUCGUACUGCGGUGGUCUCCCUGCUCCCGAAUGCUCCGGAAACCCCCUCGGUUACAAAUUCUCCUGGUCUUCCCGCGGCGUCCUCCUUGCCCUCCUGAACUCCGGGUCUUACCUCUCCGGCGGCAAGCAGCUCGAUAUCGAAGGAAAAGACCUCAUGGGCUACGCUAAGCCUUACUAUAUCUCUCCUGCGUUCGCUUUCGUCGCGUACCCAAACCGCAACUCUGUUCCGUUUCGGGAGUGGUACAACAUUCCUGAGGCGGAGACUGUCGUUCGUGGGACGUUGAGGUAUCAGGGCUUCCCUGAGUUCAUCGGGGCGCUCGUCAAGCUCGGAUGGUUGGAUGCUGAGCCAAAGGAGUGGUUAAAGGAAGGUUUGACUUGGUCUGAGGUUAUGCAGAAGGCCACUGGUGCGGCAGACGCUUCUGAGAGCACCCUUGUCGCCCAGGUCAAAUCGGUGUGCAACUUCCCUGACCCUACGGAAGCCUCCCGUAUCAUCUCUGGUCUCCGCUGGAUCGGCCUCUUCUCUAACGAGAAAGUCAAGCCCCGUUCUGGAAACCUUCUGGACACACUUUGUGCCCAGCUUGAGACGCUCAUGAAGUAUGAGGAGGGCGAGCGUGAUCUCGUCAUGCUCCAGCACAAGUUCUUCGUCGAGUGGGCCGAUGGCUCCGAGCAAAUCCUUACCUCCACCCUCGAGGCUUACGGUGUCCCCGGUGGUCACUCCGCCAUGGCCCUUACCGUUGGCGUUCCUUGCGGUAUCGCCACUCAACUCGUCCUUGACGGCGUCAUCAACCAGACCGGUAUCCAGGUCCCUUACUCCAAGGAAAUCUGCGACCCGAUCCGCGAGUUGUUGGAGCAGGAGGGCCUUGGGCUCACUGAGAAGGUCUUGUAAAAAGCUUUUAUCGAACGUGCUAGGAGAGGAAACCAAAGCGGGUGUAUGGGUAAAAGGAGUGAAAGUGAAUUUGUUGUUUGUUUGUGAUACUACUGAAUAGACGUUGAUUUCUAU